AGUUAGAAUACUUCUUGGUCGAACCGUGUACGUGAAAUGGCCAGUGAUAACGCUUUGGCGAGAGCGAUAAAAAGAGCUGACGAAGCAGAAGCAUUACUCCUUCAAUUGCGUCAGAAAGUGGAAUUUAUAAAAUCGAGAAAUGUCUCGGUUUGUAGCAAUUCUACUAAAGAAAAAUUGAUAAAUGAAAACGAAAGUUUAAAACAAGAAGUUCAAGAGCUGAAAAAUACAUUAACAAAGCUUCAAAUCGAUAGCGGAAUCUUACAAGUACCUAUACCUUCUCAACGACCUGUUGUUGUGUUGGAACAACCAAAACCAUGUGGAAAAGCUUCUGAAAAACAAGUUGAAAAGGCAGGAGAUGCCCCUGAAGCUAAAGGAAAUGAAAAGAAUAAAAAAGCUGAAAAACAGCCUAAAAAACCCAAAGAAAAGGGUGGAAAAACAGCAGCACCUACAACUGUUGAAAAAUUAGAUAUUUCAAGAUUAAGUAUGAGAAUAGGAAAGAUUGUUGAUGUCAAAAAGCAUCCAGAUGCUGACAGUCUCUACGUUGAAACUGUUGAUUUUGGUUCGGAAACACGUACUAUUGUUUCCGGUUUAGUUAAGCACGUUCCGUUAGAACAGAUGAAAAAUAGGAUUGCCAUAUUUAUGACAAACUUGAAACCAGCCAAAAUGAGAGGAAUUUUAUCCGAAGGAAUGAUUAUGUGUGCCUCAACUCCUGAAAAAGUGGAAAUUAUCAUUCCACCAGAGGGAGUUAACAUUGGUGAUCGUGUAACCGUCGACGCAUACCCUGGCGACGCGGAUGCAUUGUUAAACCCUAAGAAGAAGAUUUGGGAAGCUAUACAACCGGAUUUGAAAAUAGAUGAACAAGGAAUCGCUUCAUACAAAGGUGAAGUAUGGAACGCAGCUGGUAAAGGAAAUUGCAAGGUUCCAACAAUGAGGAAUUGCGGAAUUAAAUAG